CAACAUCAAAGUAACAUCGGCUGGAAUUUUAUAAUAAAAAACUUGGUAAAAUUCUCGAAAAAUAAGAUCAUUGGCAGGAUAAUUAUCUUUCUGCUAUUUUCUUGAAAGUGAAUGUGAAACUUGAAUUCUUAUUAGGAGUGAUUUUUCAGAAUCGUAUUUAAACAAAUGUCAAGUUUUCUUUAAACGUGUAUCCGAACAAAGUUUCAGAGAUUCUAGUAGAAAAAAAAAACAAAAUCAGUGGAGUUUCAUAAUUUCUUGUACAUUGCGUGUUUAGAAGACAGUAAAGACAGAAAAAGUGAUACGAAAAACGCAAUUUGUAUCGAUAAUUAACGUAAAACUCGUUCUAAUUCGAUGGGAAACAGAAGUGGAAGAAAAUAUUUAAUUCAAUAUGGCUACAGAUCAUACGACGUGAGCUGUCAGCUGUAAUAAUUUUUGUUUCUUUGUGUUUAUUACGCCUUUAAAAAUGUUAUGAUCGUUACGUACACGCGAAUAUGGGUGCGAAAGACUCAAAACCAUCUUUUAUACCAUACGAGGAUGCAGUGAAACGAGUGUCUGAUAGUGAGUUGAGACGUAUACGUGAAGCGUUCAAGAGAUGUGCUGGUGCAAACGGGACAGCCUUGAGCUUGGAGGCGUUCGUCCACGAAGUGCUGUGUGAUGGAGUUCCCUACGAGGUGGCGGAGUGGCUGUACCAGGCGUGCGGCGGCACCAAGAGAGGCAUCGCCUUCAAGGAGCUGCUCUGCGGGAUCGUGGUGCUCACCAAAGGCAACAUCGAAGAGAAAAUAAAGUUCCUCUGGACACUAUACGUGAACAAUCAAGGCGACAAUGGCACAUACAUAUACAAGAGAGACUUCGCGCGGAAUCUCCACAUGGAGUACACGUCGCUGCCCCUCAACGGCCCUCAGAGGAACGCUGAGAUCCUCCUCAGCCUCUUCGGCCCGGCGGAGAAGGUCACCUUCGACCAGUUCCGCUCGUGGCUGCUGAUACACAAAGAUGCGACGGUGCUGUCCAAGUGGCUGCUGUCAGAAGUCAAUGUAGCCCAGGAUCUGGAGACACCCACCUUCUAUCAGAGUCUAGCUGGCGUAACACAUUUAGAGGAGAGGGACAUUAUAGAACUUGAGAAAUGUUUCUGGACACUCCGCAACGCGGCGCCAACUGGCCAGCUAGACGCAGAGAGUCUCUCUCCUCUCCUGUCUCCGCCAUUACCUGCUGCAGCGGUGGCCGGCGCCUUCCUGGCCUUCGACGAGAACAGGGACGGACAUGUGGACUUUAAGGAGCUCUGCUGUGGACUUAGUGCGGCCUGCAGAGGGCCUAGGACUGAGCGGCUUAAGUUCUGCUUCAAAAUCUUCGACCUAGACAGCGAUGGGGUGCUCAACAAGAAGGAACUCAUCGACAUGGUGGGGAUCCUGUGCACCGUUGCCAAUGAGAACCUCAAGAACCAGAGCUCCCGCGCCUCCACACCUUCGGACAGUAACGACUCCGAAGGCAUGGAGAAGGGGUUUGACCCUGAAGUCAUACUGGUCAACUUGAGGGAGAAGCUGGUGACGGUGCCCAAGAAUGGUAGGAAGCCAGUCUUCCAGUUGGGCCCUAAUGGCGAUAAUAAGGAUGAGAUUGCUGCUUUGAAGGAGCAACAGCAACAGCAGCUUCAAGAAGACGAGCAACUGGAGAGCGAGGGUCUGAUCGCCAACGACAUGGCGCUGACGCUGGAGGACUUCCUGAUCUGGAGCGUGGAGAGCGCGGAGGCGCUGGUGUCGCCCUUCCUCGACCUGCUGUUCGAGGUGUGCCACGUCGUGCUGGGGCUGCGGCCGCAGUGCAAGCAUCAGGAGAGGGAUAUUGUCCUAGGCUGGCUACGUCGAGCAGUCCAGCGUGGCUACUCAGUGGGGCAGUUCUGGUACCUGGUGGCUGCGGAGUGGUGGGGCUCGUGGCUCGCGUACACGGCCGGCUCCAGCAGCGACAACUGCUGCCGUCCGCCGCAGCGGCAUAUUGAUGAGGCCAUCGUGUGUGAUGAGAGCUUCACUAGUAAUUCUACAGAAUCGAUGGGUUCCUUACUAUGGCGCGCGGAGACGGCGUCGGUGGGCAGCGCGGGCAGCUCGUCCGGCGUCAGCAGCGCCGCCGCCCAGCGCGGCCACAGGCAUCCCGGCCCCAUCGACAACAAGCGUCUGCUCGCUCCCAACGUGCUCAAGGUCCGGACGCUGACGGGCGAGGGCGGGCACCUGCGCCGCGACGUGACGCUGGCGCAGCACCGCGACUUCGAGCUCGUGCCCGACGCGCUGUGGCGGGCGCUCGCGCUCUGGUACGGCGGGCCCGACCCGCUGCCACGACAGGUGAUCCGGCCACCGAACUCGGACGUCGAGCUCGAGUUAUAUCCCCUGCACCUCAAGCUACUACGGCAUGUUCAGAGCACACAGAGAGUGUCACCAGCAGGUACUGGUACAGGCACAGCGCUGUACAGCAGCGUGCCGGCGCCGCCCGACCGACAGCUCGCAUACACCGCCGCUUUCUCAAGACUCGCCACCGUCAAACAGGUGUGCGAGUUCCUGUGCGGAGCGCUGGGGCUGGCGCGGGAGGACAUGCGCGUGUGGGCCGUGGGCGCCGCCACCGUGCUGCUGGACGACGAGCGGCCCACGCUGCACGAGCUGGGCCUGCAGCACCGCGCCGCGCUGCUGCUGGAGCUGCGCAACCCCGACCUCACCUGGCCCGAGGAGAUCGGCGCUCUCAGCAUGAGCAGUGGGUCGAGUCGAGCGACAGAGCGUCGGGAGACUCUCAUAGCGCCCAACCUGCCCGGUGCCACUGGCCUGCACAACCUUGGCAAUACAUGCUUUAUGAAUGCCGCAUUACAAUCUGUAUGGAACACAGGCCCAUUAACGAGGUAUUUCAACUCGGGCAUGCAUUUGUAUGAGGUGAACACGACAAACCCGCUCGGAACUAAAGGAGUACUAGCAUUGAGAUAUGGAGAACUAUGUAAAGAGGUGUGGUCGUGCUCAGCGCGGUCGGUGGCGCCGCUGCGGGUUCGCUGGUGCGUGUCCCGCUGGGCUCGGGCCCUCGCUGGCGGGGGGCAGCACGACGCGCAGGAGCUGCUGGCGUGGCUGCUGGACGCGCUGCACGAGGACCUCAAUCGUGCUGCACCGCCGCCGGCACGGUGUCUGCCGCGGGCUGACGACUCCGGGGGCAGACCCGACCAGGUGGUAGCAGCAGAAGCGUGGGAGCAGCACACAUCCCGCAACGCGUCCAUCAUGACGGAGCUGUUCUACGGGCAGCUGAAGUCCAAGGUGCAGUGCGACACGUGCGGCAAGGACUCCGUGCGCUUCGACGCCUUCAACAUGCUCAGUCUGCCGCUGCCCAUGGAGUCCUAUGUCUGCUGCGAGCUCAGGGUAAUGCUGCUGGACGGCUCGGUGCCCAUCAAGUACGGCGUGCGAGUCAACUCGGAAGGCACAUACUUAGAUCUCAAGAAGAAGCUGUCGGAAUUAUGUGGAUUAGCGCCGGAAUCUAUGCUAAUAGUGGAAGUAUCAGGGGCUACUAUAGGCCGGGUGCUGGAGGAUAGCGCCAAGAUCAGCGCGGCCACCGCCUGCGAGCUGUACGCGUACGAGCUGCCGCAGCAGGACGAUGAUGACGCUACCCACUGGGAACACUGCCAACAUCAUACUAACGGCUGGUCUAUGGAGCCGCAGCAGUGGGCGGAGGUGAGUGUGGGCGGCGGCAAUACUUCCUCACUCUGCAUGCCAGCACUCUUCUGCUUCAAGCGCUCGAGAUCGGAAAUUCUUAUGUCCCAGAGUCCGCCGAGCACUCUCUACAAGCACGCGGUAUUCACCGACCGGGCUGACGGCAGGAGCAACACCCUGCCCAAGGAGGUACGGCAUGAGAACGGCAGCAGUUCUCCGACCCUCAGCGUCAAGUCGCUGAACCUCAAGCCGUCCAGCCCGAGGCUCGGGAAGGUCAAGUUCGGCUCGUCGCCCUCCAAUAUGUGCAAGAUGGAUGAUAGUAAGGACGUGCCUACGGGAAAGAUACAGUAUUUGGUUGCUGUUCAUCGGAAGCAGUGUCGGUCAGACGCGUACUUCCUCCCCUGGCAGCGCAGCCGCUCCUCAGUGUUCGGCGUGCCCCUGCUGGUGGGUGUACGCGACGCGUGCAGCGGGCGGCAGCUGUACGCGCGAGUGUGGCAGCAGGUGGCGCGGCUGCUCAGUGCACGGCCACCGCAUCAUGACCAGCAUAACCAUGCUACUGAUUGCGACGACAGCCUGGGCUACGAGUUCCCGUUCCGCAUCCGCGUGGUGCGCGCGGGCGGCGCCUGGUGCGCGCGCUGCGCCUGGCCGCUGCUGUGUCGCGGCUGUGCCCUGCCAUGCACUGACACCGCCACCGCCACGCCGCGCACGCGCGUCAGUGCCGCUAUAGAUAGCGACGCGCCCAAUACCAACUCCCCUAUAGCGAAGAAUAAGCUGAACAGGCAUAAUUCUGCACGGCUUUCUACUGAUAUUACGGGCGAGACGGAAUGUGGCACGGUGAGCGCGGCAGAACUGAGUGCACUGCUGGCGGGCCCCCGCCGCGGCCUCAUGCUGGCCAUCGACUGGGACCCCACCGCGCUGCAUCUGCGCUACCAGUCCACACGGGAGAAGGCGUGGGUGGAGCACUGGUCGGUGGCAGCAUGCCGGCAGGAGGCGGCUCGCGCUAUCGACCUGGCGAGCUGCCUGCGCGCGUUCACGUCGUGCGAGCGGCUGGAGCAGCGCUACCACUGCGCGCACUGCCGCAGCGCGCAGCCCGCCACCAAGAAGCUGCAGAUAUGGCGCCUGCCGCCCAUACUCAUAGUCCACCUAAAACGUUUCCAAUACGUGAACAACAAAUGGAUAAAAUCACAGAAAGUGGUCAACUUUCCGUUUCAAGACUUCGAUCCCACCGCCUACCUCGCGUCCGUACCACAAGAAACUAUACUACGGCAUACAGAAAUACUCAGUUCCAAACGGAGAUCAUCGGUCUUCGUUGAUGACACCAUAUCAGAGUCAGAUAGUGAGGAAGAUGAAGAAAGUGCACAACCAAAGGUUCAGAGGCCCAAGGUCGAGAGGAAGAGGAAAGGGUCCGUGGAGGUGAAGGGCAGACAGAGGCUGGAGUCUACGAGCCUGGUGACCACGCCGGUGACGGAUGAUAACCUGAUAGACUAUCAUCAGCAUCAUUUGUUAAAGGAUCAAGACCCGUUCGACUUGAAGUACAGAUUGUAUGCUGUUGUGUCGCACUCGGGGCAGCUGAGCGGCGGCCACUACGUGGCGUACUGCCGCAACCCGUCGGGCGCGUGGCUGUGCUACAACGACAGCUCGUGCCGGGAGCUGAGCGCGGCGCCGACGCCGCCCAUCGACCCCGCCGCCGCAUACCUGCUCUUCUACGAGCGACAGGGACUCGACUACGAGAGGUAUCUUCCCGACAUAACGGGUAAGGAGCCAGUAGUGAGAGACGCAGAGGUGCUGGAUCCUGACGAGAACGACCUCAAGAAGAUGUGCACUAUAGUGUAGGACUAUUGUGAUAGCCGGCGCUGCAGGCUUCAGCGGUGAGAGACGCUCCGACCCGACCAGGUCUUUCAGGAACUUCGGCUCAUGUAACAAACGGGACGUGACGCGCUAAUGUAUAAAAUAUCAAUGAUUUGACCGUAUAAUUCGUCCAUAUCGAUAUAUUUUUUGGCCAUCGAUAAAAAUAUCGAUGUUGCUAUUGUUUAUGUUUUAUGCCGAAAGCGAGAUGUAAAUGCAUUUUAAUAUUUUUUAUCGUUAGCACGGUUUGCGCUUGAGUUCAUUAUUUGUGAACGCAUAUUAUACAGUGUUGCAAUUGGUUAAGGCUUAUAUUCGUUUCUUCUUUGGAUAGUGCCAUAGCGCGUCGUGUCGCCAAUUCGAGCCGAUCGCAAGUAGGUGGCUUUAUGAAAAAAAUAUGAACAUUAUGGCCCGAAGAUUCGGUGUAUAGUUUUGGAAAUCUGAAAUAUAGAAUAAAAAAUACAAUAUAAAAAUAUUAUAUGUGGUCUGUCACAGAUUAUGCAUACAAACGGAAUGCAACCGCGAUGGGACCACGGAGAAACGCUCAAAUAUUAAUUUUAAUUAAUUUAAUUAUUUUUACUACCUAUUCGGGGUAGUAAAUAUUUAUCUUUCAAAUUAUUAUCGAUAAUUGAUUUCUAAUUACAUUUAUAACGUUCCAAAUAAUAUUGUUUAAUGAAUGAAUUUGAAUGUGAAUAAAUAAUGGCACGUUUCAGUGGAAAUAUCAGUCAUGUGCCAUUAUAAAAUAAUAUAUCUAUACAUUAAAUCUCAGACGGCUAUAACCGAAUACCAAAACUUCUAUACACAAAUUAAAAUAAUGUAUUAAUAAUGUAUUGCGUAUAAUCGAGAACAAUGAAAAUGAAAUUUCUUUUUUAUAAUAAUAAUUUAUGUAAAUUAUGAUGUUGAUUUUAUAUGUUGAGGGUAUGUCGUGGUAAUGCAGGAAAAUUCCAUGAUUGCACAGAUAGGGAAUACAGUUACUUUACUAUUUAUUCUUUGUGAAACCACAGAGAAUUUAAUAAAUGUAAUACUCAUAAAUAUGUUAAUGUAUUGUGUUUAUGCACAUACGUACCGUCGAUCGAGAAAUUCAGUAUUGAGUUUGUCAGAAAGAACUUUCAAUUGCUGUAAUUUGUCUUUAAAGGUGUACCUAUGUAUGAAGUUUUCAGUAGAUUCGUUAAACCUUCUUAUUGGCUACAUUGAAAGUAGAAAAUUAAGUAUCUGUAUUCUAUAAAAUCUGUGUUAUUGUGGGAAAGUUAAAGUGUUUUGUUAGUUAUGAUUGCGUAGUUGUAAUGCAUUCCACUGUUGGUUCAUUUUAAGCGUUGGAGCAACAUGCGGUCUGUCAUGGUUCGAAGCUUUACAGCUAAUUUGGGGGCACACUUGACAGCAAUCUAAUUUGAACCUUAAAGAAAAUAUAAUGCAGUUAAGUGUGCAGCCAUUCUUAUUAUAAAUUAUGUUUUUUAUUAUAUGAUAAGGUUGGCAACGCAUCUGUAAAUAUGUUUCGUUGGUAAUACAUACCAGUGCGGUUUCUUGAACGACUCUAGUGUUAAAUAAGUCAGGACAAGUGUGAUAUUGUUUUCUGUUAUUAAAAUUUAUUAGUUUUUAUUGGUGUAUUUGCCUUAUAAGUGUUUAUGGGUGUUCUGUGGCUUGCUAGCGUGAAUAUUGUGACCAUGUGUCAAAAUUGACAGUUUGUUCCACCAUAUUGGAUUUCGUUUAAGUGUCAAAACUGACAGGACGGCCAUAUUGGAUUUUCUAUGACGUUUCAUGUAAUUAUUCAGUAUUCAGCUAUAUAAGCCUAUUUCAAGCAUAUUUGAGAUUAUGAUUUCCAAGUAUGUUGUAACAGCUUAUUUUAGGUUCAUGGUAAAUAAUAUUUACGCUAGUAACUACGGCAUAACGUUGUCCAACCGUAAGUUUUGUUGUACCCAAAUAUUUGCGCGAACAAAACAAGCGCGUCGCCCCGUGUCGCCUGUUACGUUAAUAAUGGAGACUGAUGUGAUGUAAUAUAUAAACGUGAUGUGCUAUAUUUUACUCAUUGGAAUAUUUUGUAUUUAAUAUUAUUGUAGAUAGUCUGCGUUUAACGUGUUUUGUACCAGAUACAAAAAAAUAUUGAAGGCAUGUUUGCAAAUGCAAAAUUAAUAGGUAGGGCUAUUGUCUAUUUCUAGAUACUGUCCAUGUUUUAUCUAUUUUGGCUUUCUCUUCUAAGUUUCUUUACUUAUGUGUAGUGUGAAUUUCCUUUUAAUUUUGGUACAGAACACGCUGAACGUUAAUAAAAUAAUAUAUUCUUCUAGCGCGGAAACUAUUUAGUGUUAUAAUAAUACGUGUUAUUGGCGGUUUUGUGUUGAACGCGAUUGUUGACUACUGUCGAUAUAACGCCGGUGCUUCACGUCUGCGCACGCGCAUGAGCGUGGAAACUCUUGCGCAGAGGUGAGGGACCGGCGCUACGCGAGCUUUGGCAUCGAAACAGCUCACUAUAAUUAUCUUUUUUAUAAUUAUUAUUGUAAUUAUCGUACGGCUUAGGGCACAAUGUCGUGAUGCUUAAUAAAUUCUAGUGAGAUACGAUACAUAAGUAUUAGACACAUACGUUUAAGUAAUAUAUUAUUAUUAUUGAUAUUAUGAGCCGGUGUGCACGAUCCUAGUUAAUCUAUUAAUAUAAUUUCUAUACAGUUUAUUCGAAAUAAUUUAAAUGAAAAGUAGCUUUUGUAACGCGACAUUUAUUUAGCAAACGCUACCAAUGUGGGUAGUUGUAAUAUUGUAAGCUGAGGACUAGUAGUGUGGUUCUCGCUGAUUUAGUCGAUAUUUUUAUUUAUUUGAUCGUGUGCACCAAAUAAUUUUGUUAUUUUAGUGUAAUACGUACUACUGUGACCGUGUCUUAUGAACCUUAUGUUCAACCAAUAAGGUUGAAAAUUGUCAGCAUUGGUCAUAGUAGUACAUAUGCCCCCGCGCCCUGAUGCGUCCACAGGGAGUCCGCGGCCUGUAUGUAAGUGUUCGCGGCGAGGUGCCAUCGCUCCAGUUUCCUCUAUACCAAAGCACUUCCUCACUUUGUCCCAAGCUUUACAAACUUCACCUGUCGCCGUCAUACUCGAUGUUUCACUAGCUUCUGUAAAGAUGGCGCUGAUUGUACUGGAGUCCAAGCCUACUGGCUGCUGUAUCAGAUUGUUAUCCAAUUAAGUAUUUUGAAUAUCCCUGUGCAAUAAAGAAUUUCUUUUGUAUGUA